AUGCAUCACGUUGUUCAGGAGGGUUGAUUUACCAAAGUCACAAAUUUUUGAUUAGUAAGUCCAUACUUUUUCAGAAAAAAAUUUUGUGGCUCAGAAAAUAGGCUCAGGAUUGCACAUUUGAAAAUUUUUGGAAAAUUUUGUCAAAACUUGUGACUUUGGUAAAUCGACCCUCUUGAACAACGUGAUGCAUUCAGUUUUCCAUAAAAAUAAUUUCUAACAUGAGUUAUGGGCUCCCCAAAACGCGAUUUUCAUGAAAUUCUCAACUUUUGGCUCAUUUUUGGGCUCUUCAGAGAGUCGUUCAGCAAAAACUGAAAACAGGAGCUUUAUCAGCGUGAAAAACUGACCUAAAAACAUAGGUCUCAUUGAAAAUCUCCGGGGACUCAUAACACACUUCCCUCGUAAGAAGCUAGAUCACAAAAAACUCCUUUCAAUUCUGUUUUCCAGCCUUCCAAGAGCUCGUAAAAGCCUACGGCGACCAAGCUCGAAGUCUUCUAGCCGGUGGAGUCGAUGUUCUUCUCGUCGAAACCGUCUUCGAUUCUGCUAACGCAAAAGCCGCCCUCUUCGCAAUCCGAACACUUUUCGAAGACGAAGGUCUCCUCGAAGUGCCAGUUUUUCUCUCCGGAACAAUUGUCGACAUGUCCGGAAGAACACUUUCCGGACAAACUGGCGAAGCAUUCCUCGUCUCAACAAAACAGGGAAAUCCGACAGCCGUCGGGUUGAAUUGUGCUCUCGGAGCAAAAGAUAUGCGACAAUUCAUCGAGAAUAUGUCGAAUUGGUCGGAUGCAUUGAUCUUGUGCUAUCCGAAUGCCGGAUUGCCGAAUGCGUUGGGAGGAUAUGAUGAAACACCCGAAGAGAUGGCUGCGGUUUUGGGAGAAUUUGCGAGGGAUGGACUGGUGAAUAUUGUGGGAGGAUGUUGUGGAACUACACCUGAUCAUAUUGCGGCUAUGUAUAAAGGUAAGGGUUUUGGGGUGAAAAGUUGAAAUUCCUAUUGAAAAAAACGCUGUUUUGGGAUUUUUAAGCCAGAAAUCAUAAAAAAUCGAUUUUUUUGAAUUUCUUGUAUAUUCAGGUUACAAGAUAAAAGGAAAUUCAAAAAAUUCAUGGUAGUUGCACCUCCCGGUUCUCCUUUGCUUGAUAUUGCAAGGAGUUUGACGUCAAAGAUGACAGUGGAUUUAAACCACUAGCAAGGCAAAACAACAAAAACACGGAUUUUAGGCCAAACUUUAUGUUUUUGACCAAAAUAAACAAUGAAAAUACAGAUACAACUUCACGAAGAAGUGUAUCAAUAAUAAUAAGUGAUGAGUUAAUUAAUUAA